AUGUAUGGCAAGACUAGUCAACAAACGAGAAAAUUGACUGACCGGACCAAAGCAUGUAGGACUACCUCACAGAGGCCAAAGGAGUCGAAGCAUCGUGUGCUCAUAUCGUCUCAAUAUGAGCGAAAAAUCGAUCGCAUCGAAGAAAAGCUGGUAGAUAUCGAACAUCUCCUACAGAACCGGAGUCUGGUCUCAGAACACUCCAACGAUGGCGCAUCGACGAGGAGUGGGAAGUCCCCCAAUGCACCAAGCGGCGAUGGGAUCUCUCCCGCAUCACACAUACCGGAUCAUCCGACCUUUGAAGGCGAUUCAUCGCUCAGUGCUCAAUCUACCUUUGCUCACGAGUUCCUUGAGCGAGCGAUAAGCAGAAAUUCAUCUCAAGAUCCGCAGAUGGCUGAGGCGCUCGCUUCGCUCCGGAGCAUGGUCGACGGGCAAAAUGAGCCGGCUCCAACCCACAGCCGCUUCAUUGAUCCGAAAAACUCAGGAGCCUCAUUCGCGCUGCCGCUACCUCCCAAAAGCCUUUUACUGGAUAUACUUGCGAGAUCCAAAGUUGCAGAUAACUUUUUCGUUGCAAUGUUCCUACCAUCUCUCGACCAACUCCGAUUCCGCGAGAUCGUUGAAAUUGCAUACGACCGCAAAGAGGAGCUCACUAUCACGAAAGGCCUACUUUUCUUCGGCGUGGCCCAGUACAUGUUCCUCGAAUUUGGUAAGACGGGCCCGGACGGACGACAGGGCGAUGAAUUUCUCAAGCAUGUUGCUUUUUGUCGACGGAACUUCGAAUAUCUCUUGUCGUCUCUACCCCUGCUCUUACCCGCCACCUCGGAGAAUAUCGAGGCUCUACUCCUCGCCGCUUCGUAUGCGGUGGAAAUCUCGAAACCGUCGUUAUGUUGGACCAUAACCACCAAUGCCGUUGCAAUGUGCAAGACCCUCGGAUAUCACAGAAUUUCUUCAAUGAAGAACGAUUCGCAAGAAGUCAAAGCGAGUAAAAUGGUCAAUUUUUGGCUGUUAUAUAUCAUCGAAAAAAGCCUCGCGUUGCGGCUCGGUCGAGCAUCAAAUAUCCACGACUACGACAUCUCUCUUCCUUCAGUGUCCUCGCUCUCUUUCGAAGGCUACCCAUUCGGCCAGGUUCUGACUUAUUGGGUUCGGGUCGCGGAGAUCCAAGGAAAAGUCUACGAAGAGCUAUUCAGUCCAGGAGCAUCGGGGAAAUCCGAAUCCGAUCGGACCCGGUCUGCUCGUUUUUUGGUGUUCGAGAUGGAUGACGCUUGGAGCAAGUACCAAACUCUUUCAUUUCAACCCGAGUACGGCGAGUACAUGAACGUCCUUACGAAAUCAGAUCAGGUGGCCCAUCAGUCCGUGCUUGUCUUGAUUCAUCGUGCGAUGCCUCCCGACGAUUUUUCUACCUCUCAGUUUAGCUCCGAAUGCCUCGAAGUCUCGAGGAAGGCCUUAAAAUCCCACGAAUCCACAAGUAAACACUUCAAGGGCAAGGGCGAGGAGUACUGGUCCGGCUACCUACACUGGGCUGUUCUACAAGCGCCAUUUACCCCAUACAUGGUCCUUUUCUGCCACGUCAUUGCCUCCAACGACGAUUCCGACCUCCAGUUGCUUGAAAGCUUCGUCCAAUCUCUGAAACCAUCCAAACCGCAAUCCGAAGGUAUUGAGAAGAUGUACCGACUAUGCUACGUCUUCCAUCAGGUUGCCAAACUCUACGUGGACUCUGGAAGAAAAGCCGUCGAGAUGGACUUGAGCUCUUUGGAGACCCCCGGUAAUGCGGCUGCCGACAUAAACUUCUCUUACGGGCACGGCCAAGGGAACGCAUUCGAUCCGUAUGCCUUUGCGCUGGCAUUCGUUCCAAAUGCUCCGUUCGCUGGUGACGUCAGCGGCGAUGUUCCGGUGGUCCCCACGGAUGGGGAUGCAAUGCCGAUUGACAGUUUGGGUGACUGGUUUAACAGCCACCAGCAUAUCAUGAGCUUGCUUGAAAACGACAUUCCGGAACAGUAG